UAUAGUAGCUAGUGAAAGUGCAGGUUUGUUGCUGGCUUGAAGAUAGACCAAUCAGAGCUUGUAACGUCAUACUCAGAGUCUUCUAUCAUCCAAUCACUGUACUUUACAUACUAUAAAUAGCAGAGCUGCUCUCGGCUGUGCUUGCAUUACUGUUUGCUCUUGUGCUGUGUUUCCUUCUGUUAUGGCUCGCACUAAGCAGACUGCUCGGAAGUCUACGGGUGGCAAAGCGCCGCGCAAACAGCUGGCCACCAAGGCGGCUCGCAAGAGCGCUCCCGCCACCGGUGGCGUGAAAAAGCCUCACCGGUACCGCCCCGGCACCGUGGCUUUGCGCGAGAUCCGCCGUUAUCAGAAGUCCACAGAACUGCUGAUUCGUAAACUACCUUUCCAGCGCCUGGUGCGCGAGAUUGCGCAGGACUUUAAAACGGACCUGCGUUUCCAGAGUUCCGCUGUGAUGGCUCUGCAGGAGGCGUGUGAGGCCUACUUGGUAGGGCUGUUUGAAGACACCAAUCUGUGCGCCAUCCACGCCAAGCGCGUUACUAUCAUGCCCAAGGACAUCCAGCUCGCUCGCCGCAUCCGCGGAGAGCGGGCGUAAUUACUCUGGCAUCUUUCACUGCCCAAUCAAAGGCUCUUUUCAGAGCCACCACAUGCUCAAGUAAAGUAGCUGUAAGUAACCAACGUAGAGGAAAGGAAAUGUACUGGGGCCACUUUUCGGCUCACCACCAAAAGUUUAAAAGCCAUUCCAUUUUGGCCGGUCACGGUGGCUCGCGCCUGUAAUCCCGCACUUUAGGGCGCUGAGGCGGGCCGAUCACCCGAGGUCAGGAGAUCGGGAUUAGCCUCGCCAACAUAGCUAAACCCGGUCUC